GCUGUAAGUAUGCUACGUGAGGUCGUUGCGUACAAAUGUAUCUCGGUUGGCGUUUUCAGAUACUUUUUAAUUGUGACUUGUACAGAAGAUGUGUGCCAACUCGACGAAAGUGAUUUUGUCGCCGGGUAUACAAGCCACAGACACUAACAAUUUCGUGAGAGCAAGUAGCGUGUUUUAAGUUGACGUCUGUCGGCAUCGUGUGUGAGCUGAAUGGAUGUUGAUAGCAGUGACAUUUCAUUAUACAUUUAUUGAGCUUUCAUUCUCCACAUACAAACCACUGGUAUAUUUAAUUAAAGUGGCUGUGAGAUGGGCUUUGCACGUGUUGUGUGUGAUUGACGUGAGCACACAAAAUUCUGUUAACAACAUCUUGUGGACGAAGAUCAUGUGGAGAACAAAACGUAGAUGUAAGUUGAGAAUGGAUUUUAUGAAGUAGUUUGCUUUUGAUUGAUUGUGGAUUUAUCACUUUCUCUGUAAGAGGAGACAGUUUAAUCAGCAAAACAAGUACAACCUAGCCUAGUAGAACAUGAAACCAGUGUAAACAUUUUCUGCAAGCAUAAAAGAUGGCUGAAUUCAAGUAUGCACCAGAAAUGAAGAAGAAUGCUCCAUUUGCUGCUAUGAUGUGAUCGGUGGAUUGCCAUGCGUAAGAAUCAAUUCAUUGGCGUCACUUUUGUGUGUGUUUGCUUGUGGGUUGUUGUGACAUACUACCUCUUUCUGGACCGACCACUCAAUCAUAAACCUGAUCAGGUGAGAGAUACUCCUCAGCUGCAUGAUAACAUUAGUUUGCAGAAACAGAACCAGAUAGAGGAACACCUGAACCUGCUGGAGUCAAAACUGAAAGAACAGUUUCUAGAUGGUGAGAAACUACUGCAGGACCUUAAGAGCAUUGUCAAGGAGCAGCAGCUGUCUGUGAAGGCCAGUGAAGACAGAGGUGUGGGUGAGGAGGAGCAGCUGGGUAGGCAGCAGGAAGAAGAAGAGGAUGAGCAGAUAAACCAGGUGCGGUUACUAGCCAAGCAAAUCCUGCCUGAUGGAGGGCCUGUGAUUGCUGUAUUGGUGUUUGCGUGCAAUCGGAUCACCGUCAGCAAGUGUAUAGAUCAGCUUCUCAAAUAUCGACCCUCACGUGAACGGUUCCCCAUCAUUGUGAGUCAAGACUGUGGCCACCGCCCCACAGCGGAUGUCAUCGAGUUGUAUGGUGACGAGAUCACUCGCAUUGAGCAACCAGACCAGAGUGAUAUUACAGUGCCACCAAAGGAGAAGAAGUUCAAAGGCUACUUCAAGAUUGCACGGCACUAUGGUUGGGCUCUCAACUAUACAUUCUUCAAAUUCAAUUUUGAAACUGCCAUAAUUGUUGAAGAUGAUCUCGAUAUUGCACCAGACUUCUUUGAGUAUUUCUUGGGAACAUACCCCAUCUUAAAGCGAGACCCCACAUUGUGGUGUGUGUCUGCAUGGAAUGACAAUGGAAAGGUCGGCCUAGUGGAUGAAAAUGCUCCUGAUCUUCUUUACCGCACUGACUUCUUUCCAGGGCUUGGAUGGAUGCUCACAAAGUCGAUCUGGGCCGAACUGGCCCCAAAGUGGCCCUCCUCCUACUGGGAUGACUGGGUUAGACAGCCUGAACAGAGACGUAACCGAGCCUGCAUUCGACCUGAGAUAUCCAGGACAAGAACAUUUGGCAAGAUAGGAGUCAGCAAUGGCCACUUCUACGAGAAACAUCUCAAGUAUAUAAAACUUAAUGAAAAGUUUGUGCCUUUUACUCAGAAGAACUUAUCCUACCUUUUGAAGGAUAACUAUGACGUCCAGUUUGUGAAGCAAGUGUAUGAGAGUUUGGUGGUGUCAUACCAGGAGUUGAAGAGUGGCUCCAUUGUAUCACAAGGUUCUGUGCGCAUUCCUUACCACACAAAUGACAUCUACAAGAGGACAGCCAAGAUGCUUGGUCUCAUGGAUGACUUUAGGAGUGGAGUCCCCCGCACUGGUUAUCGAGGUGUUGUAAGCUUCCUGUAUAAGGGGCGUCGUGUUUACCUGGCACCAAAUGCAAAUUGGAAAGGUUAUGACCCAGGGUGGAGCUAGCACCAGUAACCAUACAAGACCCAUUGUUAGUUAUGUACAUAUGUGAUUGUUGUGGCUGACAUGCAGGACACUAAUGUGCAGUACAAAGCUUCAGGAACAUCAUUUAUAGGUACGUCGUGUUUAUUAAGUGCCAUUCCCUCCAUUAUUUUGGCAGCAAUGCUGAUUGUCUUGUCAACAUUAGAGGAGGAACAACUGCACCCCUUAGGACACUCUUGACUCUUCCAUUUCAGAGCAAAAUGCUAUAGCAGCCAGAUUUAAUUAUUUGACAGUGGUUUUGUGAUUAGCUCCACGACAAGUGAGUAGUCCUCAUAUGCUCCUGAAAUUAUCCUUUUGAGUUAUUUUCUGUUUAAUCUUCUCUGAAUUGGAUACUGCUUUUUACAAGUAUGCACUGUUAAGGUUAGUUUCUGCUGUGCUCUACUAUACUGAAAGUCAUAUCAGCUCUAGUUAAUGGAUAUGAGAAUUGUUUGUGUGUAUCUGUUAUAAUAUAAUAAUUAAAAUAUGAAACAUUGAACAGUGCUGCUUGACAUGUGGUGGAUGUGAUUACACAAUUAAUGAGAAAUUAUAUAAAUAAAACUACACAUUGCAUUCCAUAUUUAGGAUAUUUUUAAUAAAAAAUGUUGUUAAUUGGUAUAGGAAUCUACUGUCAUUGUUUUCUGCAGUAUGUUACAGCCUGUAGCUCAAGGUCAGACAGUGACAUGCUGUGAGUGUGGUUCAGGUGUAAUCCACUUCUGCUGAAUGAGUGUAGCGAAAGGAUGGUUGCUACAUUAGAGAUUUGCACAAAUAAACAUUUGACAUUAAGGUCCAGUCUUGCAGUAAUUUCUGCAGUAGUUACCCUACAUUUGCCAAGAAUCAUUGUAUGAGCAUACUCCAUGUUUUUGCUCAUUUGUGUUUGUGGAUGGGCAUUCAUACAUGUUUGCAUCAGUAGCACUGUUUCAAACAUUUUUCUCCACUCAUACACACUUCACUGUGGCAGAGAGUUCUGUCCAUACUUGGCAGCCAGUUGUCAGUGACUUUCUGCCCCUUUCAUUCCUUCAGACACCAAAAAAUAUACUGCUGCAGGUUCCUUGGUGAAAACCUCUGGUGGAGUAGUCAUCUUUACGCCAUACUCACUUGGCACAAAUGGACAACUGAACCACACUUACAGCAUGUUACUGUCUGACCUUGUGCUGCAGCAUGACCUGGCCUCAGCAGUGUUGCCAAUCAUACAGUAAUAUUUCAUUAUUACCCUCACUUUUUGAAUAACCUUCAUAUAAUUGAAGUACUUGAUUUUCUGACAGUGAAUCAACCCCUUGCUCUCUUUGAGAACUGAUAUGAACUGUAGCUGUAGAAUUAGUGUGUAAGCAGUUGUAGAUGUUUGGGUGGAAUUUUUGUUUAUUAAUUUCUUUACCUUUGCAACAUAUUUGCCACUGUAUCUUAUAACUUGUUUUCUGAAGCUUUGUGAUAUUCAUGGAUGAUUUGAGGUUGUAUCAUAUGUUGUGUUUAAUUUGCAUUCAUUGGUUUUUGUGUUGAAUCUGCUCUUUUAAAAAAUGUGAUUAGUUGUAAUGAUACUGGCAGAUAUGCCUUUCUAAUUUACACAGAUUUCCAGAGGUUAGAAUUGAGCCUUACUAAUUGUUUGUAACAAAGUACUUACAAGACUAUAUAAAGUUCAGAAGUGGAUGCUUAAAAGUCUUGUGUUCAGAUGAAUUCAGUGUAUUAGAAAUAAGUGUCAGUGUCGUAACAGUCAGCCUGCAUAAACUGUCAGACCGUGCAACAUCAAAAGUUUAUCAUAUGGAAGUGAGCAGAUAUAUGUACACUAUAAAAUUUCAGUCAGUUAGUAUAUUUCACUAUGAAAUCACUGUAUUAACCAUGUUUAGUUUUUAAACCUUUGUACAGGAAAAUGAAGUGAUUUGUUUUUGGAGGAUUGAUGGAAGAAACAUUGCAUGAAUCCAAUGUCAUUGUGAAUUAAGCCAGUGAUUUUCAUGGAUAUGUGAUAUGUUUCAUUGUUCUCUUUUGGGCAGAGAAACCUUUUGUCAGGGACAACACAACAUAUGAUGAAGUUGUUGGGGGAAUUUAUGCUGCAGUAAUAUAACCCUGAUACAUAUUCUACUCAGCUACUGACUGAUGAUCACAUUCUUUUUCUGUGAGGAACUUUUACAGAAACACUGAUGCAAAGUAUGAACUGAAUGGCUGCUUGUUUCUCUAACAAAUUUGCAAUGGGUGUGCUGCAUCAGCCCAUCUAGCCUGCCACCGGAGGGACAUACGUGUGCACUUUUAAACCACAGCUUUACUUUGAAGUGUACCAACACAUUGUGAUAGUAAAAGGAGCAUACAUAUGUGUAGCAUGUGUCACAUUCUUCCAGAAUGCUUUGUGCUUCCAAUUAACUUGUCCCAUGUCUUUAUAUACAAUCACUUCCCACAUUAUAAUCAUCUUUAUAUUUGGCUGUAACAAUAAAAUAUUCUCUAAUCAUUGGUUAAAAGAAAAUGCCCACCUACUCUAUACCUUUGACAAUUUUUGGCUACGUAUCUGAUCUCAAACUUUUGUUACUAAAUGUACAUUAUUCGAGCAUUUGUAAAUUUUGAUUGUGGGGCCGGGGUAUUUCAGUUAUUAUAGUGACUGACUAUGAGCUGGAUGACUGGUGUUCAAUCCCCAAUGGGGGCAGAGGAUUUUUCCUCUAGCAUGUUCAUCCAGACUGGAUCUGGGGCCCACCCAGUCUCCUGUUCACUGGGUACGAGGGUUCUUUCCUAUGGCUGGGGCGUGAUGCUGACCACUCACCCCUGUCUAACAGAAUAGUCCUGCUUUUUUAUAUAGAGUUUGAGAAAGUUCUGAAAAUCCAGUGGGCAAGAUGAAUCCAUAUUGUACCAUGAGGCCAUCAAUGGACUACAGUGUGAAGCUGAUAAUGCCUGGCUUCCACUUGACGAGGUAGAUUAACAAAAGUGGGAAGUGAUUAUAAUUAUCUUGUUUCUUUUAAUUUUCUCCAUGUACAGUUUUAAUUUCAACCCUUCAUCGAAGAGAGUUGGCUCCUAUUUAUUAGGUGAUAAGUAAACAACUCUGAAAGUGCUCAGCUUACCUGUUUGUAUGAAUUCAGUCAAAAUAUGUAACUUUUUAUGAGGGAAGAAAGGAACAUUUUGACUGUAUGCAUCUCCUCUGUUUAGACUGUGUGUUCCUGACUUCACUUUCGAUCCUGAUAUGUGUGAUGAUGCUCUUAGUUGUUGGGAUCAUACAGGAGUGUGAUGUGCUCCCACCAUUAUGAUCUCACAGUCUUGUGUAAAUAAUAGUUUGGUUAUUGCAGGUUUCUGUAGUUGUAAAUUGUAAAUAGAUCUAAACGUCAAAGCACACAACAAUUUUAAAGCACCGCUCAUAGAGAAUAACACUUCACAGGUGACAAAGUUUUUUGUUUGCUUUCCUUCAGACAGAACUGUUGAAAUGCAUAAUUAUACUGAAAUAACUGUUAAUCUUAUUUGAACACAAUGGUUUGCUAAUACAUAGUCCCACUUUAUGGACAAACAUCAUUCUUCAGGACAUUACAGUCUUCUGAUAACUUUGGAAGUAUAUGCAGAUACUAGUGACAUGUCUGCUGUUAAAAGUUAAGAUUAUAUGAGUGUUUCUUAAAUGAAUAACAACAUUUGAUCUAGUAAUUUAAAAUAUGUGCUCAUAGAACUAUCUGCGUAUCUGCUAUAACAGCAAAAGACCCAUGUGCAUGUGUCCAUACAGUAUGUAGAUAGAUCAUGUAGGUUAAGUGCUUGCCAAGUGUGCAUGUUUUAGGAGUUCUUUUGUCCAAGUUCACGAAGUUUCUUAAGUAUGUGACAUUACAAAUUUUCCCUUCAGUUCUUUUUAAAUGGGAAGGCAGGACAUUUACAGCAUUAUCUGACCCAUUUUCAAAGUGUUGUAUUUGCUUGAUUGCAUACCAGAAGCUCCUGAUUGUCUGGGUAAAUGUAUAGGAAGAAGGCACAUGAAUUAUCAAAAAACAGAUAAUCCAAAAUAUUCUGUUUGGUGCCUUCAAAAACUUCAUACAUUACUUUUUUUUACAUAUCUCAUGCUUAUUUUGAGAAACAGUUUUUAAUGGGUGCUUGUUUUUGGGAAUUGUUUAGACUUUUCAUAGUAGUACAAGUUUUCCUGGUGGCUGUAAUUCCACUUUAUUCAAAAAGAAACCUUUUGCAUGGAUAAUCUGCAGUUUACUGGCACAAAACUUGUCUGAGCAUUAUUACACAGAAUUCAAACUAUUGUUGAGUUGUACAUACACCAAUGAACUGAUAUGUGCAAGAUGAGACACUGAUGAAUUAUGGUUUUCAGGUACUUGUUAAUUGUUCUUAGUGGUUAUAUUCGUGGCUUUGAUACACUGCAUGACUGGAUGUUUUGUGUUCUGCUGAGAAAUCAUUACAUUUGACAGGAGGGAAGUGUCCUGCCUUCCAUGUAGUUAUACAUGCAACAUGCCUGUAAAGGUAAUUGUUAGGGGUUCCUGCCCAUGUAUGUUCAGCAUUGGUCUGUGAGUGAACAUCUCUCAACAUUGUUCAUUGGUAUUCAUUUGUGAAUUUGUUCAGCUUCCUGAUAUUUUGUACAAAGGGUAAACUACCCCAGGUAGAACUCUAAUGCAGCACAUACAUUCCAAAACUGUAGUCAACUGCUUUUUGAUAACACCAGUCUGUAUGCCCACAUUGUCUUAUAAUUACAGAAUCUACUUAGUAGACAAUGUUGGCAGAUGUCUCUGGUAACUUUGAAGGCUUGUUAAAUCAGUGCUCGUUUCAUAAACAAGCCUGUAUACUGAUUUUCCCUUUCAUAAGUAAAAACCUAACACUUAUUUACGGGUAUUAAUAUGAUAUACAAUUUUUUUUUCCCACAACACACUGAAAGAGAAUAUCUUCUAUGACUCUUGACCUGCAAAUUUAUUCACCAGAAGAUGCUACUUUUUAUUAUUUCCACCCUCUUUAUUACUGCUCUACUGCUGUCUGUAUCAUCUUCUUUUACAUUAUUAUUAAUGUGUAGUCAUAAUUUGUGUUCUGUCAUAAAUUUACCUAGGACCAACAUGUAGUUAAAAGCAAAACCCACUUCACUACACAACAAAGGACAAGAUGUAACAGUUACAAGAAUACCUCUCCUGCUUUGUAUUGAAUGGGUCACAUCAGCUUGUGGGCUAUGCUAAUGAGUUCAUUUAUUAGGUAAAAACUAAAUACUUAAAGAAACAUACUCUUAAGGAGACUGAUCUAGUUGAAAAUGCAGCCAAAACUAAGUAUAUGUUCAUAUCUCACCACAAUAAUUCAUGACAAAAUCAUAAUAUAAUACAAGUAAUAAAUAAUUUGGAAACAUGCAUAAUUGAAUAUUUGGGAAAAUGUAAAUCAUAAUUACAUCAAUAAAAAAUUUAAGAGUAGAUUCAAUUUAGGGAAUGCUUAUUACCAUUCAGUUUAGAAUAAUUUGUCUUUCUACCCCGUCUAUAAAUAUAAGGAAUAAAAUAUACAAAAUCCUGUUCUUCCAAUUGAUUUGUCCCAUGUAUUUACAUAAAAUCACUUCCCACUUUAUAGUCACUUUUAUAUUUUGCUUCCACAAUCAAAUGUUCUCGAGUCAUUGGUUAAUUGGAUAGCAGCCCACUUUCCUGCUAAGUCAAAUGUUACAUCCCACCUGCUGCGUACAUCCUGUCCUGUAUAAGGCUUCCAGAAAAUGCCCAACCAUCAUAUUCACCCUGAAUAUUGCAAUUGCAAUAUUUGCUGAAAUGUUGGAUAAUUUUCAGCAAUUGUAGCAUCUGCUUCCUGAAAGUUGAAGUUUUAUGCUGAACUCCAGCCACAAAAACCUAAGGACAAAGCAGUAUUAUAUUCUUGAGUAAUAGUAACUUCGAAGUCAGUGGUUUGCACAGUAUUUGGAACUGUUCAAUAUCUGUGGUCCCUUUUAUUGAGUAUAGUAAGAAAAAGUAAUGGUAGAAAGGUUGAGGAGCCAGUAAGUCAUGCUUAUAUGGCACAAAGGUUAAAACAUCAAUUGUGAUCAGAAAUGUGCAUUAACAGUGUUGACAUAUUAUUGCAUUUGUAAUUGUCACUUUAAUUUAUUAUUGAGUGAUGUAAUGUUCUUGAUCGUAUUUUGUAAGGAUGUCAGUGCUGUUCACAAAUAGUCAUGCUAAACUGUUCUUACAUUGUCAACAGCAUUGAUAUAUCAAAACCGUAAUCACUUAAUACAAAGCAAAUGGUGGGCCAUGAAAGUUUUUUGACUAAAGAGUAUAGCAAAUUAUAGUUAUAAGCAGCAGUUGGUUGUGAUACAGUUCUCACACCUGACUGGUUGGUCUUGCCUUCUGUAUGUGUAUCUGUUCAAAGAGUGAACAGUUGUCAGUGCCUCAUUGUUAAUCUAAUUUAAGUUGCAUAAAAAUGUAGAAAUUUUCUUGCUGGCAGGGUGCAUAUGCAGGCCCAUGGGGCUCAAAUCAUUGCAUCUCCUAAGUUAUAUAUUUUCACACAUUUAACCAUUGCUUAUACAAAUUAAUUAUUUUGUUGUUUCCAAACAUCUGUUCCCAAUAGUAAAACACAGAGGGACAAGCUUUAGGACCAUUUCCUUCCAUUAGAAUUUCUUAAUGCUACUGGAACUUGAUAUUUUACUUGUUGACCUUGAUCAUUAACAGCUGCCAUUUUAUUUAACAAUGUAUACAAUUUUUAAAACUGCUAUAACUUGUAACAUAUUCAUAAAUUUAGAAAAUUUUGAAGACAAACAAAGUAGCAGAGGCAUGGAAUCUACUUUUCUGUCAUUCAGGGUGUGUUUAUGCACCAGUGUUGUGCCUGAAACAUCUAGGAAUCUGACAGCAUGCAUCACUAGCACUUUGUUGGACAGACUGCUGAAGAAAUCUCGCUGAUGCUAGUUACCCCAGGGCAAAUCCUCUCUCUGUUUUUGUAAAAGAUUUUCUGCUGUACUAUGUAUGUAUCUUGAGAGGAAAGCCAUUGGUAGCUGAAACAGCACAUGAUAAAUCUUUGCAAGAGCAAGAGGGUGCAUUUGGUCAGGUUGUUGAUGGUUUAUUUAUAUUACUUCAGUCAGAUACUGAGAUAUGCUUUCUCCUUGCCAUGAAUUGUACUAUACAUACUGCUUUAGUCUCAUGCUUAAUGUCAUGUGCACCCUACUAGCCAUCCAAGUCAUUUUUAGCAGUAUUCAUAAACAGAAUGUCCUGUUCAUACAUGUUCAUUCAACUGACUUUUGCCAUGACACAGCUUUCCAAGUGUUGAUAAUGUUCAACACUCCUGCCAACAAGUUGUUAUAAUCUGUAGUUAGGCUGUAUAAAUAUUUACUGUACAUAUUAAGUUGUGCAAUUUUUUUGGAGGGGUAAGUUAAAUUGUUAAUGAGUACUAUUACAAAUAAAUUAUGGAGUCAAU